AUGACUACCUUCACAAAGAUCACGGGAGAUGAAACUCCCCUUAUCGAGGUAGAUGCGGCCAAACGUCUGUCUAAAAUAGAUCCUAUGAUAUAUGGCGGCUUUACCGAACACAUGGGCCGUUGCAUCUAUGGAGGUAUCUACGAUCCAUCCAACCCCCUGUCCGAUGAAGACGGCUUCCGGACAGACGUGCUCUCGGCUCUUCGCGAGAUCGACAUCCCAGUAGUGCGGUACCCCGGCGGCAACUUUGUCGCAACGUACCACUGGCAAGACGGCAUCGGGCCCCGCGAAAAGCGGCCCUCCCGUCCGGAACUAGCCUGGCUCGGCACCGAGACCAACCAAUUCGGCACUGACGACUUCAUGCUUUGGCUCGAUAAGCUCUCGGCCGGCAAGCACCACCGCGUAGAGCCGUACCUAUGCCUGAACUUCGGCACCGGCACGCUCGACGAGGCCCUUGCCUGGGUCGAGUAUUGCAACGGCACGCGGGACACGUACUACGCGAACCUGCGCCGCGCCAACGGUCACCCCGAGCCCUACCGCGUCAAGUACUGGGCCCUCGGCAACGAGGUCUGGGGCCCCUGGCAAGUCGAGCAGAUGACCAAGGAGGACUAUGCCAAGAAGGCCAUCCAAUGGGCUAAAGCCCUGCGUCUCCUCGACCCCAGCAUCGAGCUAAUCCUCUGCGGACAAGACGGCCAGAGUUCCUGGGACCACUACGUACUGCACGAGUGUGUUGGCUGGGUUGACAUGCACAGCAUCCACAUAUACACGGCGUCGAACAAGCACCUGCACAACGCCACGGCUCCCCUAGCCGCCGAGCGCGCGAUCCAAAUCACCGCCUCGCUGAUCGAUCUCGCGCGCAUCGAGAACAAAGUCUCUCCCACGAAGCCGCCCACGCGCAUUUGCUUCGACGAGUGGAACGUAUGGGAUCCGGAGCGCGCACCCGGCGAGAAGGGCGCCGAGGAGCAGUACACGUUGUCUGACGCCCUGGCCGUCGGGGUGUGGCUGAAUGUGUUUGUGCGACAGAGCAAGUACAUGGGCAUGGCGAAUAUUGCGCAGACGGUUAAUGUCAUUAGUCCCCUUAUGACGAACGAGCAUGGCGUCGUGCGCCAGGCUACGUGGUGGCCGCUGCUGCUGUUUAGUAAGUACAUGCGUGGCCAGACUGUUGCGACGCAUGUGCGGUCCGGUGCCUACGAGGGAGAGACGACGCCGGCUUGGUUACAAGGGACGCUAGGCGAGACGGGUGCGGCGUGGCUCGAUGUUAGUGCCGCCCUUGGUGACGAUGGCUAUGUUAACUUGGUCGUUGUCAACAUUAGCGAGACGGAGGACUUCGCCGCCCAGCUAAAGGGUGUUGGUGCCGAUGUAUCUAUAUACACCGUGUCGGGAUCUCAAGUUAGUUCGACAAAUAAAGAGGGCAAGGAGGAGGUUAGCUUGUCGGAAGGGAAGUGGAAUGGCCAGGGGAAAUAUACGUUUGCAAAGCACACUUUCACAUUGUUGAGGUGGAAGUCGUAG